AUGAAACGGCAGCCAAUUCGCUACCUGACGAGUGUGAACUAUCAUGGAUCCGAUGGUGCCGACAAAGUGGGAUCCAGCUUGGCGCCCUUUUUUGAUCAAGAGCCGGCUGCACCCGAAAAUGAUAAUAUUGAAGAGAAGAAGAGCACCCGGCAAUCAUCGUACCUGGGCAUUUUAGGAGCCGCCGUGGGGAUGGGCAUUGAAGACUCGGACGAUAUCGACAAAAUACAAACCUUUUUUCAAACCUUACGAAGCCGACUGCCUCAAAGUAUCAGCCGUCUCCACCCUUUCAAUCUAUGA